GACCCGCUGCUCUCUCUAGGAAAUGACCCAUUAGGGUGGUGCCUCUCAAACACUCGGGGGUCCUGUCACUGAGCGGUUUUUCCCAGAGGGUUUCGGCAGCAUAUAGCCCGGGCUGAACAGCACACAUCAUGCUCGGAUUUUUCCUGUUGCCUGGCUAGUGACCCCCUACAGGAAGAUAACAGACACGCCGGGAGGGCGGAGCAGCUUGCUACACAGGUCUGGCUGCUCUUAUCAACUUAUCAUAUAAGGAAAGGAAAGUGAUUGAUUCGGAUCCUGACACCGCAGAAUCAGGGGGAAGAGAAACAAAGCAGCAUGAAGGCUGAUCUGUAGAGUGACUACAGCCCUCAGGAGUGAGCAGGGUUAUUCGUUUGGCUGCCAUCUGACAGUUCCCUGCAGCACGGACCCACCAGAGGGAAGACAGCACUCCCGAUCAAGUUCCUGCUGGAAAAGGAGGGAAGAGACUCCCACCGAUGGUCCUGAAACCGUGGCCGCAGAGCCCCGCAUCUGAGAGGGCAGCUUAGGACCGGGAUUCCCAUGUGCCUUCGAGUUUACUAAGCUGCUGGUUUAUUACCAAAAGAAAGGAAGAAUGUGGCAGAUUGUUUUCUUUACUUUGGGCUGUGAUCUUGUCCUAGCCGCAGCCUAUAACAACUUUCGGAGAAGCAUGGACAGCAUCGGGAGGAGGCAGUAUCAGGUUCAGCACGGAGCCUGCAGCUACACCUUCCUCCUGCCAGAGACAGACAACUGUCGCCCUUCCAGCUCCUACGUGCCCAACGCUGUGCAGAGGGACGCACCGCUAGACUACGAUGACUCGGUACAGAGGCUGCAAGUGCUGGAGAACAUCAUGGAAAACAAUACUCAGUGGCUGAUGAAGCUUGAGAAUUACAUCCAGGACAACAUGAAGAGAGAAAUGGUAGAGAUGCAACAGAAUGCAGUACAGAACCAGACCGCUGUGAUGAUAGAAAUAGGAACAAACCUCCUCAAUCAAACAGCAGCGCAAACCCGGAAGCUAACGGACGUUGAAGCACAAGUAUUAAAUCAGACAACAAGACUUGAACUUCAGCUUCUGGAACAUUCCCUUUCCACCAACAAAUUGGAAAAACAGAUUUUGGAUCAGACCAGUGAAAUAAACAAAUUGCAAGAUAAGAACAGUUUCUUAGAAAAGAAAGUACUAGACAUGGAAGACAAGCAUAUAGUUCAACUACGAUCAAUAAAAGAAGAGAAAGAUCAGCUCCAGGUAUUAGUAUCCAAGCAAAAUUCCAUCAUUGAAGAACUAGAAAAACAACUGGUGACUGCCACAGUGAAUAACUCCGUUCUCCAGAAGCAGCAACACGAUCUGAUGGAGACAGUUCAUAAUUUAUUGUCUAUGAUAUCAACAUCAAACUCAGCCAAGAACUCCUUCGAUGUUAAGGAAGAACAAGUCAUUUUCAGAGACUGUGCAGAAGUGUUCAAGUCAGGACUGACAGCCAACGGCAUCUACACGCUCACAUUCCCUAAUUCCACAGAGGAGAUCAAGGCCUACUGCGACAUGGAAACCUCUGGAGGCGGGUGGACGGUCAUUCAGCGGCGUGAAGAUGGCAGUGUUGAUUUUCAGAAGACUUGGAAAGAAUAUAAAGUGGGAUUUGGGAACCCUUCUGGUGAACACUGGCUGGGAAAUGAAUUCGUUUUCCAAGUCACCAAUCAACAGCCCUACGUGCUUAAAAUACACCUUAAAGACUGGGAGGGGAACGAGGCGUACUCACUGUAUGAACAUUUCUAUCUCUCCGGUGAAGAACUUAAUUACAGGAUUCACCUUAAAGGACUUACAGGGACGGCCGGCAAAAUAAGCAGCAUAAGCCAACCAGGAAAUGAUUUUAGCACAAAGGAUGCAGACAACGACAAAUGUAUUUGCAAAUGUGCACAAAUGCUCACAGGAGGCUGGUGGUUUGAUGCAUGCGGUCCGUCCAACUUGAACGGAAUGUACUACCCGCAGAAGCAGAACACAAAUAAGUUCAACGGUAUUAAGUGGUACUACUGGAAAGGCUCCGGCUACUCGCUCAAGGCCACGACCAUGAUGAUCCGCCCAGCAGGUUUCUAGACGCCUGCACACACCCGAGGAGCGGCGGCCGAUGAUGCCACUUCCAGAGACCGAAGCCCAAAGCUCUAGCAGGCAAGGCUGCGUUCGGCGUCCCCGUCCA